UUUGUGUGUGUGUAUGUGUGCUGGUGAAUGUGAGUACAGGGAAGCAGCGGCCGCCAUUUCAGGGAGCUUGUCGACGCUGUCGCAGGGGUGGAUCCUGAGCUGCCGAAGCCGCCGUCCUGCUCUCCCGCGUGGGCUUCUCUAAUUCCAUUUUUUUUUUAGAUUCGCUCGGGCCUAGCCGUCCUUGGAGCCCGAUAUUCGGGCUGGGCGGUUCCGCGGCCUGGGCCUUAGGGGCUUAACAGUAGCAACAGAAGCAGCGGCGGCGGCGGCGGCAGCAGCAGCAGCAGAAACCUUUUCCCGAACACGAGCACCACAGGCGCCCGAAGGCCGGAACAGGCGUUUAGAGAAAAUGGCAGACGAUAUUGAUAUUGAAGCAAUGCUUGAGGCUCCUUACAAGAAGGUGAGAAAAAACAUGUCGGUGAGGUUUAUAUAUUUCUUAAUUUAGCAUUAUUCACGAAACUACUGCUGAAAUGUAAACUAACCUCCCCGGAGCCCUCUUGAUUUAUCUUAUCAGAGAUGCAUUACGUGUAACUUACAAAAGUAAAUAUAUGCUAUUGAUGUAAUAAUAUUGUGCAGUAGUUUCACUUCAGCGUGAUGAAUAAAUGCCCAUCUAUCUCUCUUUGUAGACUUGCCUAACGAUAUCUCACCUCUACUCCCAUGAAUUCACCUUUGAUUCCAGUGUGAACUGUCAAUCAUAAGGUAGUAAUUGAGUGACUUAUCGCUGUACCGUGGUCCCCUAGGUAAAAUGACUCAACUAAGAAUUACCACCUCCAGUUUGGUAUAGCAAAAAGGUGAAUGUAGUGGUUUGGGAAAAAGCAGGGGUCCAAGAAUAACAAAGCAUAACCAGUCUGUGGCAAGUUAAAUCUUCUAAUAGUCUUAUAAGAAGAAAUGGGUGAGAUUUUAAAAUUUAUGUAUCUGUGUAAGACUGGUGAUAGUAAAUCUUAAAACAGUCCAGUGGCAAUCUGCUGCUCAGUUAAUAAUUACUAAAAUUCUUGGAUCCCUGAAUAGAAAUUAAAAAAAAAAAUACAAGAGGCAGUAUCACAGCUUAGAGUCACUUGAUGACUGUUUUACUGUUCUCCAUAUUGUUUUUAUUUUUAAUUAGGCCCUACCAUAGUAUUUCACACUAAAAACAAAGGAAUUAUAUUGGCUAAUAUAGUCUUUGACUCAUUUCGGUAUCAGUAAAAGUAAACUGUCUUUUCAUUGUUUCACCAGUUGGUGGUGAAAAUAGCAGUAUGCAUGCAUUAUCACUGGUGUCACAAACUGUAAGCUUUGUAAGUUAGCACUUUACUCCUAUAGCUGAUGUAAUCAAACUUUAAACAUUUCACUAAACCUUUUAAAAAUAAUACAUUUGUUUUGGAUUGUAUAGCACGACCAUGUGGUACCAGUUUGGAUGAAUUCUUGAUAGAUUUAAAUAGUGUAUGUAAUUUUGUAAUGCUUAGACUCUUGAAGAGCUGCUUUCUGUUUUAAUGUUAAGAUUCUUGUGUCUUAGUUUUUUUUAACAUGGAUGUAAUUCCAUGUAAACAGGUAUGGAAGUAGGAAAUGUUUAGGCUGGACUUGGUGGAUUAUUAAUUGACUUUCUUGGGUUCUUGGGAGUCAACAUUACUAAAGCAGUGUGAAUCCCUGUUUGCUUCAGGGCGAGAUGUGUGACAGAGGUGGCAUCAAGCUCUUACAGUCCCAACCCUCCAACGGAAAUGGGCGAAGAUCUCAGGAAUGGCAUCGGUCACAGGAAAUCGAUAGUGGCUGGCUGCUAGCAUGGCCACUUGGGGCUUAGGCAGAAAUAGAGCCAUGGUACUGACCAAAGGGACCAUAGCACAUGGAAUAAAACUCAAAACAGGACUUCAUGUUUUAUGGAAAUUAUAUUUAACCACUUCAGCAUUGUAAAUCUGGAUAACUUAAUAUCUAAACUAUAUAAGAAAGUAAAAUUUAACAUGUUAAUAUGGAAAGUUUUAUUUUUGUAUCUUGAUGACUUAAAUGUAAGCAACAAAGUGGUUAAACACAUACCCAUCUAAAUUUUUUUAUAGCCUUCCAUGUUAAACUAUAAGUAAAUAAUUAGUUUUAAAAUUGUUUUGUAUUUUCUUAUUCCUGUUCCCUUUACCCUUUGACAACUUGAAAUGUUACCACUUCGUCCUCAUGAUGUUCUUCUAUCAACCCUGCUUAGGAUGAGAACAAGUUGAGCAGUGCCAACGGCCAUGAAGAACGUAGCAAAAAACAAACUUUCUGCCUCCUUGGAAAGCUCUACAUCUCCUUGUGAUUGGAGUGUGGGUUUCAAGAUUCCAGAAGGAGGAAAAAAAGCAAGAGCAGAAGUCGUAGUCAUGAACGAAAGAGAAGCAAAAGUAAGGAACGGAAGCGAAGUAGAGAUAGAGAAAGGAAAAAGAGCAAAAGCCGUGAAAGAAAACGAAGUAGAAGCAAAGAGAGGCGACGGAGCCGCUCAAGAAGUCGAGAUCGAAGAUUUAGAGGCCGCUACAGAAGUCCUUACUCCGGACCAAAAUUUAACAGUGCCAUCCGAGGAAAGAUUGGGUUGCCUCAUAGCAUCAAAUUAAGCAGACGACGUUCCCGAAGCAAAAGUCCAUUCAGAAAAGACAAGAGCCCUGUGAGGGAACCUAUUGAUAAUUUAACUCCUGAGGAAAGAGAUGCAAGGACAGUCUUCUGUAUGCAGCUGGCGGCAAGAAUUCGACCAAGGGAUUUGGAAGAGUUUUUCUCUACAGUAGGAAAGGUUCGAGAUGUGAGGAUGAUUUCUGACAGAAAUUCAAGACGUUCCAAGGGAAUUGCUUAUGUGGAGUUCGUCGAUGUUAGCUCAGUGCCUCUAGCAAUAGGAUUAACUGGCCAACGAGUUUUAGGCGUGCCAAUCAUAGUACAGGCAUCACAGGCAGAAAAAAACAGAGCUGCAGCAAUGGCAAACAAUUUACAAAAGGGAAGUGCUGGACCUAUGAGGCUUUAUGUGGGCUCAUUACACUUCAACAUAACUGAAGAUAUGCUUCGUGGGAUCUUUGAGCCUUUUGGAAGGAUUGAAAGUAUCCAGCUGAUGAUGGACAGUGAAACUGGUCGAUCCAAGGGAUAUGGAUUUAUUACAUUUUCUGACUCAGAAUGUGCCAAAAAGGCUUUGGAACAACUUAAUGGAUUUGAACUAGCAGGAAGACCAAUGAAAGUUGGUCAUGUUACUGAACGUACUGAUGCUUCGAGUGCUAGUUCAUUUUUGGACAGUGAUGAACUGGAAAGGACUGGAAUUGAUUUGGGAACAACUGGUCGUCUUCAGUUAAUGGCAAGACUUGCAGAGGGUACAGGUUUGCAGAUUCCACCAGCAGCACAGCAAGCUCUACAGAUGAGUGGCUCUUUGGCAUUUGGUGCUGUGGCAGAAUUCUCUUUUGUUAUAGAUUUGCAAACAAGACUUUCCCAGCAGACUGAAGCUUCAGCUUUAGCUGCAGCUGCCUCUGUUCAGCCACUUGCAACACAAUGUUUCCAACUCUCUAACAUGUUUAACCCUCAAACAGAAGAAGAAGUUGGAUGGGAUACCGAGAUUAAGGAUGAUGUGAUUGAAGAAUGUAAUAAACAUGGAGGAGUUAUUCAUAUUUAUGUUGACAAAAAUUCAGCUCAGGGCAAUGUGUAUGUGAAGUGCCCAUCAAUUGCUGCAGCUAUUGCUGCUGUCAAUGCAUUGCAUGGCAGGUGGUUUGCUGGUAAAAUGAUAACAGCAGCAUAUGUACCUCUUCCAACUUACCACAACCUGUUUCCUGAUUCUAUGACAGCAACACAACUACUGGUUCCAAGUAGACGAUGAAGGAAGAUACAGUCCCUUAUGUAUAUAGCUUUUUUCUUUCUUGAGAAUUCAUCUUGAGUUAUCUUUUAUUUAGAUAAAAAUAAAGAGGCAAGGAUCUACUGUCAUUUGUAUACAAUUUCCUGUUACCUUGAAAAAAUAAAAAUGUUAACAGGAAUGCAGUGUGCUCAUUCUCCCUAAAUAGUAAAUCCCACUGUAUACAAAACUGUUCUCUUGUUCUGCCUUUUAAAAUGUUCAUGUAGAAAAUUAAUGAACUAUAGGAAUAGCUCUAGGAGAACAAAUGUGCUUUCUGUAAAAAGGCAGACCAGGGAUGUAAUGUUUUUAAUGUUUCAGAAGCCUAACUUUUUACACAGCGGUUACAUUUCACAUUUCACUAAUGUUGAUAUUUGGCUGAUGGUUGAGCAGGUUUCUGAAAUACACAUUUAGUGUAUGGAAAUACAAGACAGCUAAAGAGCUGUUUGGUUAGCAUCUCAUCUUGCAUUCUGAUCAAUUGGCAAGAAAGGGAGAUUUCAAAAUUAUAAUAUUUCUUGAUGGUAUCUUUUCAAUUAAUGUAUCUGUAAAAGUUUCUUUGUAAAUACUAUGUGUUCUGGUGUGUCUUAAAAUUCCAAACAAAAUGAUCCCUGCAUUUCCUGAAGAUGUUUAAACCUGAGAGUCUGGUAGGCAAAGCAGUCUGAAAGAAAUAGGAAAUGCAGAAAUAGGUUUUGUCUGGUUGCAUAUAAUCUUUGCUCUUUUUAAGCUCUGUGAGCUCUGAAAUAUAUUUUUGGGUUACUUCAGUGUGUUUGACAAGACAGCUUGAUAUUUCUAUCAAACAAAUGACUUUCAUAUUGCAACAAUCUUUGUAAGAACCACUCAAAUAAAAGUCUCUUAAAAAGGC